AUGGAUAAACAAGUCUUCAUGAUGCUUGUAAAUGAUUUGGAAAAGAUAAUGAAGGGUUCAAGAAACAUGAGUAUCGUUGAAAUGUUGGCUAUGUUUCUUUAUAUUUUGGGACAAGGUCAGUCUAAUAGGAGUACACAAGAACGUUUUCAACGUUCUGGUGAGACGGUUAGUAGGUAUUUUGAUAUAAUGUUAGAGAUUUUCUAUAAUAUGGCAAAAGUGCUCAUAAAUCCAAGGGAUCCGGAAUUUAGGAGCAUUCCACAAGAAAUUCUCACUGAUUCAAGAUACAUGCCUCAUUUUAAGGAUUGCAUUGGUGCUAUCGAUGGUGUUCAUGUUCAAGCUUCGAUAUCUCCAUGUGAUCAUGUGCCAUAUAUUGGAAGAAAAGGGAUACCCACCCAAAAUGUAUUGGCUAUAUGCAACUUCGACAUGCAAUUCACAUUUGCAUGUGCAGGGUGGGAAGGCACCGCCUAUGAUAGUAGAGUAUUCUUAACAGCUCUACGCAAUCCUCAAUCGAAUUUUCCUAAACCCCCAAAUGGAAAAUACUAUGUGGUGGAUGCCGGAUAUCCACAAAUGAAGGGUUAUUUAGGACCAUAUAAAGGUGAGCGGUACCACCUUCCACAUUUCCGUAGAGGUGAUGAGCCGACCGGUCAUAAAGAAAUAUUCAAUCAUGCACAUUCUUCACUUAGAGGUGUUAUUGAGCGCACUUUGGGGGUAUGGAAGAAGAAAUGGAGUAUUUUACGUGAUAUGCCUCACUUUCCUUAUGAAAAACAAGUUACGAUAGUUAUUGCUACUAUGGCUCUUCAUAACUACAUACGCAGAUAUGCUCAACGAGAUAUUGAUUUUGAUGAAAGUGGAAAUUACUCAAGUGAAGAGACUAGUGAAGAGAUGGAGGAUAAUGAACAUGAUGGAGAUGGUUCGGGAAGAGAAGAAAUGGAGGUGUUAAGAAAUGCAAUUGCACAAAGUCUAAUGAAUGCAUCUACUUAGCAUUU